AUGAGAGGGAGAGGACUUCAUUUUCAUUUUCAUCUAUGGCUUGCACUUCUGUUUGCACUGAUUGCUGCUAGUUUUGGCAUCAGUGUAAAAAAUCAGAGUGUGAGGUGCAUUGCAGCAGAGAGACGAGCUCUCCUUGAUUUCAAGAAAGGUCUUAUUGAUUACGACAAUAGCCUAAACCUCCUCGUUUCAUGGACAAGCAAAGAAGAAGAGUGUUGCAAAUGGAAAGGUGUCGGCUACGACAACACGACUGGCCAUGUUGUCAUGUUGGACCUCCGUCCCAGAAUCAUUUACGGUAUCUUUGGUGGCAGUUGGACGUCAAUUUCAGGUGAGAUUGGCACUUCCUUGCUUGAGUCAAUUUCAGACAACAUCCCAUACUGGUUUUGGAAUCUGCCUUUGAGGCUAAUGUUUUUGGACCUUUCCUUCAACCAAAUCAGCGGGAGAGUUCCAAACCUGCCUUUAAAAUUUGAUCGUAUCCCUUUGAUAGAUUUUAGUUCAAAUCUUUUUCAUGGUCCCAUACCUCAAUUUUUGUCUAAGUCGACAACGUUAGAUCUAUCUAAUAACAUGUUCAAUGGACCGUUGUCAUAUUUAUGCACAAAUAAGGAUAGUGGUUUGUCUUAUCUUGACCUCUCUAACAAUUUGUUGUCGGGAGGCAUUCCAGAUUGUUGGAUCAAAAGCCGGAGAUUAACCAUAAUCAAUUUGGAAAACAAUAAUUUGUCAGGGGUAAUCCCUACUUCAUUGGGCUCAGUAGAAACACUGCAAUCAUUGCGUUUAAGGAACACGAGUUUGCAUGGUGAAAUCCCUCAAUCCUUGAAAAGUUGUAUUCAAUUGAGACUUUUGGAUCUGGGGGAAAAUAAAUUAACUGGAAUCAUUCCACCAUGGAUAGGAGAAAGACUUGAGAACUUGAUUGUUCUACGUCUAAGAUCAAAUAAUUUUCAUGGGAACAUACCUUCAACUCUAUGUCACCAACAAUUUCUUAAAGUAUUGGAUCUCUCUCUCAACAAUAUAUCAGGAGCCAUUCCAUCAUGCUUUAACAAUUUGACCACCAUGGCUCACCUUGGGAGCUCAGCAGCAACGAUCGAGUUCUAG